UCCGUUUCAGACGCUCUGUUUGUGUUUCUUAACACCGACUCUGGAUCAGCAUCGAGUACAAGCGGCGCUAUCAGUGCGGCUUAAAGGAAACGAUUAAAACUGAUCUCGGAACCGUACACCGGAAGUUGUCCCAAACCAGUGCGCACAUGUUUGUCUCGAGGGUAGGAUGCACAAGUGAAGAGUGCGAUCUCUAACAUCAGUACCUGUCUCUUUAAAGUGUAUAACUGUAAUCUGUUGAUUAUGAGGCUUUUAAUAGAUACCGACACUGAAGGACAAAUGAUAGAGAAGUUUGUUGUGAUAUGGCAUUGAAGUUUGUUUAGAUAAAACUGGUAUUUUUGUAGAACAUUUGGGUUUGUGUAGAUGUAUAUCAUGUCAGUGUAUUUCUGAGUGUGGAAUUUAUUUCUCAGAUAAAGGAUCUGUAUUUUUGUCUUGCAUAAAAAUGUGGAGAAACGCCUGGAGAAUCUCUCCAGUUCUUAAAAAUAACACAAGUUUGGAGAGUUUAACAUUCCCUUUCUCAGACCGCACACAGCAUGCACUGUACCACAGCUCUGAAAUGUUCUUCUGCCCAAAAGACACUGGUUUAAAAGUCGCUCAUCGGUUAAGACGCAACCCUUUCAAAUCCUCAGGUCAUCUCUCCAAAAUCGUUCGUCCUACGGCGAAGUCGUCAGGUCCUGACAGAGUGUCUGGAUCUGAGCGCAGAGUCUCCUCUGAACUCCAGAAGCUGAGCUUGGAGGACCUCAGAAAGUCAGAACCAGAUACUCAGAAGCUUCCUAAGAAAUCCAAGGAAAGGGCCACAACUAUUCGUUUCCAAAGAAAGGAUCAAGAUGAGUUGGUCUUCGGGGUGGCACCUUGUUUACUAGCCUUGACUCAGGGGAAACGGAAGCUCACUCAGCUGUAUGUGAAACGCAGCGAAGGACGUCAAAGGGAAUCCGUUGAGAAGGUUUGUGAGGAGGCAGUCAAGAGAAGUGUUCCCAUUAAGCACAUCACUAAACGGGAGAUGGAGAAGAUGACCGGUGGUGCGGUCCACCAGGGAUUGUGCCUUCAAGCCAGUUCAUUACGUUUCCUCACCAGGGAGAAAUCCAGCAGUGAGCAGGGAAAUUGGCGCAGUGGAAACUCCUGUCCGCUGUGGCUCGUCUUGGAUGGAGUGCAGGAUCCAAUGAACUUCGGCUCUGUCCUUCGCUCUGCGUAUUUUCUUGGAGUGGACAGAGUAGCUAGUAGCAUUCGCAACAGCUGUCCGUUAACUCCAGUGGUGAGCAAAGCCAGCUCAGGAGUGAUGGAGAUAAUGGAUGUGUACGGCUAUGAGAACUUGGCUGACAUCAUAAAGAUAAAACUCAAACAAGGAUGGCAAGCGAUCGGCACAAUCAGUUCUGGAGAGACGAAUUCUGGAGUUUCCAUUUUCCCGUGUUCUGACUUCAAGAUGUCCAAACCUACACUGCUGCUGAUGGGUGGCGAGGGUUUCGGGUUGUCUCCUGAGCUGCGGGAGCUGUGCAACGUUUUCCUCACUGUUCCUCCCAGAAGAGAGCUUCACCGUGCCGUGGAUUCGCUCAACGUCUCUGUAGCCACAGGCAUCCUGCUGCAUUCUCUUCUCUCAUCAGGUAGAACUGGCCAGUGAGGAUAAUGAUGAUGAUGUUUAUUUACUUGCACUGCCUCCUUGUGGCACUUAAUGACUGGAUUAUUUCAUCAAUUAGCCAUCAGCUAAUUGACCCAAGAGAACCCAUCGAUCAGAAUGCCGAGACUGGGGAGGAGUUCGUUUGUCUGCCAGUUGGAGUGCAUCCUACUCCGAGCAACGAGCCAAGGCUGAGGGAAAAAAAUGUCAGGAAUUGUUCGAGGUGUACAAAAUUAAAGAAUUU